AUGACCACACUCUACACUAAUGAGACGCCAACAGCAGUAAAGGAAGCCAAGGGACUUCACUUGAUCACUGAACAAACACCGAAUGGGAAGAAAGUUCAAAUUUUGCUCGAGGAACUCAAGGAUGUUUACGGGACUUCCUGGACAACAAGCCUGCUCAAUCUUGACGCCCCGAAUCCUGAGCAGAACAAAGAUUGGUUCUUGCGUCUCAAUCCAAAUGCGCGGAUCCCGAUCCUCAUCGACAACACGCAAACCCCACCAUUCGUGGUCAUGGAAUCCUUAGCAGAGCUCCUCUAUCUACAAGAAACUGUAGACAAAGACAACGUUUUUGGAUUCGAUAACAAAGUUGAGCAGAGCGAGGCAGUGCAAUGGCUAUUUUUCUGGGCUGCGGGCCAGCCAAUGCAGUCACAGAAUAACUACUUCAGCAGGACAGAACAAAACCCAGUCGCCAUCUCGCGCUUCAGCGCCAAGACUCUUGAAAUGUACGGCGUUCUCGAACUCCGUCUUUCUGGGCGGUAUACAGCUGGUCCACGAGACUUCCUCGCUGGAGAUGGAAAGGGAAAAUAUAGCAUUGCUGACAUUGGCGCUUGGCCAUGGCUUCGGGCUUGGAAGCGCACCCGGAUCUCUGAUGAGGAAAUGGCGAGCUUUCCACACUUGUUGGGAUGGAUUGCUAGGGUUGCCGCAAGACCGGCUGUUGAGCGUGGGAUCUCAAAAUUCUAUGAUAGUGAGGAGAACCCUGAGCUUUUGGUGUCGACGGAGAAAUAG